CUGCGGUUCCCUCCGUGUCAUGUCGGUUCCGUUGAUGGAUGAAAGCUGACAGCCAACAUGUCAGAGCUUGUGUUUGGAGACUGUGCGAGACUGAAGGUGGCGGCGGAGACUGUAUCUGCCUGUUAUCGCAUUCUGGAUUCUGGGUCCUGAGCCAGAGUCAUCUUCUCACAGCGGCGCGUGCGGAGAAAAGACUCAUCUCAGUUUAAAGAAUGAAAACCGACUUGCAAAAAUGUCUGAUUUGGAGGACUUCAGCAGACCAGGGGGGCAGGCGAACGUGUCCGACAGCUACCAGCUCAACCCGGCCAGCGUGAUCGUGUCGGUGGUCUUCUCCCUCAUCUUCCUGCUGGGCACCGUGGGCAACAGCCUGGUGCUCGCCGUGCUGCUGCGGAGCGGCCAGGUGGGCUACAACACGACCAACCUCUUCAUACUCAACCUGAGCGUGGCCGACUUCUUCUUCAUCAUCUUCUGCGUUCCCUUCCAAGCCACCAUCUACUCCCUGGAGGGAUGGGUGUUCGGCUCCUUCAUGUGCAAGGUGGUGCACUUCUUCAUCAACCUCACCAUGUACGCCAGCAGCUUCACACUCGCCGCCGUCUCUGUGGACAGGUAUUUGGCCAUUCGCUACCCACUCCGCUCCCGGGAGCUACGAACCCCUUGCAAUGCAGUGGUUGCCAUGGUGAUCAUCUGGGGUCUCUCCCUGGUCUUCGCGGGCCCGUACCUCAGCUACUACGACUUGAUCGACUACGCCAACAGCACCGUGUGCAUCCCCGGCUGGGAGGAGCAGAACCGCAAGGUGCUGGACACGUGCACCUUCCUGGUCGGCUACGUCAUCCCCGUGCUCAUCGUGAGCCUCUCGUACACGCGCACCAUCAAGUACCUGUGGACGGCCGUCGACCCGCUGGACGGCAUGUCGGAGUCCAAGAGGGCCAAGCGCAAGGUCACCAAGAUGAUCAUCAUCGUCACCGUGCUCUUCUGCAUCUGCUGGCUGCCGUACCACGUGGUGAUCCUGUGCUACCUGUACGGAGACUUCCCGUUCAACCAGACCACGUACGCCUUCCGGCUGCUCUCCCACUGCAUGGCCUACGCCAACUCCUGCGUCAACCCCAUCGUUUACGCGCUGGUGUCCAAGCACUUUCGCAAGGGCUUCAAGAAGGUGUUCAGCUGCAUCCUCAGCAAAAACGGGAGGAACAAGGUGCACGUGGUCCACGUGGCCAACACGGUGCCGGGGUUCGAGGCCGGCUCCACGGAGGUGUCGCAGAUACACGAUGAGAACGCGCGGCAGAACGAAUGUGAGAUGUUGAACAGGCCGAUCGCGGAGCCGAGAGAGGCCACGGUGACGCUGAAUUUGCCCUUUCAGCGGCAGACUUGACGAGUGAUCCGGCAUCGCUCGCAGAUCAACCUUUUGUAAAAAGACAUUGCAGCCAAUAUUUUAACAGAAAAUGUGUGAACAUGUGAUCACAAUAAUCAUGUGUUCAGUGGCAAACAGGGGAAUAGAUAAUUGAAUGAGAAAUGCAUAUUUUUCUUUAGUUUAAUAGAAAGGGACAGAUCAGAAGGAAAGUAAAAAAAAAUUCUUAGUAUUUCCCGUUUCAACCAUUUGCCUUAACCACAGCAUGCACUUCUUCAGCAUCUGAGAAUCGACAUUUCUCCAGCACUUUUUCAGAGCAGCACAAAAUGGCGUUAUGGAGCAUUCACACGACGAGAUUACAUACAUACAAGUAUAAGUCACGAUUCGACGCGAAUAACACUUGUUUCCAGUUUAUACUGUUUAUUUGAACUCGGAUUAUUUAUUCAAGUGACACCAUGCAGCGGAAACCAACCAGCGUUGAGAUCCUCCAGACGUCACUGACGUCUCUGAUUUUAGUGAUUUGCGAGCUGCAACUCACCUCAUCACUGAAGUUGUCGGUAAUCAGUUAUAUGGACAAAAAACAACAAACGUAAAACAUUUCGAUACGUUUCAGUACAUUAUUUGUGUACUUCUGAGGGACGAGAAGAGUCACGUGUUUCCGGGUUAGAGACAUGGAGAUGUGUUUCCGGUCUCACUGUGGAGCUCCAGAGCUCUGCAGCCAGAUCCGCAUGAAAAAAUUGCUUCCCUUUUCAUGUGAACGCAACAUGACACUGUUUGUAUUUGUCCCAAAUAUGUUCAGAGGUUUGCACCUGUGCAGGGAAAAUCCAUACCAUCCAAUCCAUCAUCCAUACAAGUAGCACCAGUAGCUGUUUGUGUGACAUCAGACAGGGUUUCGAUGCAGGUUGUACAGCUCAUGUGCGUUAAGUUCGGAGGAAUGACGGUAAUAUUUUUGGGCAUACUUGGAACCUGCUCGUUGAUAUGGUUGUUUUUCUUUCCUUUCCAAGUGGAACAGGAUGUUCUUCUUAGGUCUGUUUAUCUUGCAUCUUGCAUGCAGGUGCUGCUCUGCCUUGUUACACGUUCGUUUGAAUUAUGAAUGUUUUAACUCAAAUCAGUUAUAUUUCAAAUUUAUUCCAGCAUUUUACAAUGUCAAAAGUUAGGGUUAAUACAUUCCGGUGUGGUAAGUUUGAGAAUCAGGUGUCAAGUUAUGAAUGUAGUUAAAUAAAAGAGAAAAGUUUAUUUAUUUGAUAAAUGAUAAGUUAUUGAUAGAAGAAGGCAUUUUCUUGCUUGACUUGUAUUUUGCAACAACUAUAUUCAUGGCAUGUUUCUCUUUCUGGUGUAAAAUAUUAUAUAUUUAAAUGAAUAUGUUUAUCAAUGAGUGCACUCCUGCAUUUAAGAUUUGUGUAUUUUUAAAAAGUGUGUAUUUUGAGUAUUUACAUUUUUUUAAAAGCUGUCCUAUGAUUGUGAUCAUGAUCCUUGACACUGUCUGGGGUUUCUCUCUCUCCCCAGAUGAAGGCAAAUUAUCAGUAUCUCUCCGAUUCGCUGUACGCUUGUGUUCUACCUCAGAGAUAUGACAAGAAAAAAUGUUUUCCUCUCAGUUCUGUCCUGUUCUGAUUGUAUAAGACGCAAUUUUCAGAGCAGAACAUUCUCCAUCCGACGCGUUUAUUGCGCCCUUUGCAUCUACGGUAUAUACAGUACUUAAAGUGUCUAUGUUAGUUCUGUUUCAUCAUGUACAUUUUCCACCUGUAACAGCCUGUAGAUUUGCACAUAUAUAUAUACAUAUUUAAAUAUAUAUUCAUAAAAUAAUUAUUUAAAACACAAUGUAACACACAUUUUCUGCUGUGAGGUUCUAGUGGUGAUUUAUUCAAUUCAUAAAUUCAUGAAUAAAAACUCACUGAGGUCCACUGGAGAGCCAUUCACUUCUAUUGAAACUAAUAUAUACGUUUUAUUUAUGCUAUCUAUCUAUCUAUCUAUCUAUCUAUUUAUCUAUCUAUCUAUCUACUGUUGUAUAGUAUAUACUGUACAUAUAUGUGUAUUUUGGGUUUCACUGUAUAUUUAUGUAUAUUGCAGCCUUAUGUUAUUGCUGUUUUCUGCUGCAAGCGUAUGAGAUGAUACAUAAGGAGCAUGUGCAGCACAACAGAGCAGAUUGCCAAGAGUUUCCUUCACAGUUGUACAUCGAGUAAUGUCAGGCAGAAAAAUUACAAGCUUGAUUUUAUCAUACAACCACAAAAUAACGAUUUCAAACUUCUGGGGAACAUUAGUUUAAAAAAAGUAGACAAUACAGUUAAAACCAGGCAUGAAGCAUGCUAAUAUGGACUAUAUAUUUAACGUCCCAAAAGGUGGUAAAAAAAAUUAUAUCAAAGCUUUUUCAUUUUUUCAUUUUUUGUGUGUUUUUAAUACACAAAAAGAUAUGUAUUUUCACUGAAUCGCCAAAAUUGCUUGAUACUUUUUGUAAAACUAAACAAAGUUUAAUUCCGGAUCAACAUUGUGUAAACGUUGUACAAGAUUAUAUUUG